AUGCGCAUUAAAUCAGUUAGCAAGAAUGGAAGUGAACGCAUCAUUAAAGGAAGAGUACACCGCGUACUACAGAAAGGGUUAGUUGAUUUGAGGAAAGGAGAUACAGUAUAUUUGCGCAGCAAUACCACUUGUGACUGUCCUCAGAUUUCCCGGAUGAACGCGGAUUACUUGGUGGCUGGUCAUGAAGAUGUGCGAGAAAAAAGACUUUACUUACUUCCGGCAACCGGCGUGGUAGAAACCUGGGAGCGAGCUUGGGUUUCUAAAUUCAGAAAGUGGGAGCGGCGUUUUGCUGCCAAGCGUCUUCUUGGAAAAAAACGUAACAGAAAAAACAGGAAACGUCAAAGGAAAGGUAGAAAAUGUAGAAACAGUUCUUUUUUAGUCUAUCAGAGCAGGUUCUGUGAGAACCUGUAUAACGUGAAAAGGCCAGAGGGAACUCGGGCAGAGUUUUUUGUGAACUUAAUAUGCUCGCCCGCUCGACAUACCAGGGCAGUAGACUGUUAGUAUUCAUCAUAAAUUAUAUUAUAGUAAUCGAGAACAGAUACCAGCCACCGCAGAGGCUCAUUAAGUGUCAAAACGCUUCGACUUUUGUAUUACUACUUCUUUAAUUUUAUCCCAAUGAGAGGCCAAAACUGUUAAAAAUACUUCUUAUAAAUGAAAAGGGCAUAAAACUUCUUAUCUUUGUGAAGAAACAAUUCAAGGAAAACUUAGUCAAUGGUACAAACUGACGUUUGAGGUUUGCUGUCAAAGUGAUUCUGAGUCUCUCCACUGAAUUAAUAACAAAUCGAGCGAACCGUUACUUCUCCAAAGGGCAAAAGUUCCCAUUAUUGGUAAUUGCAAGUUGAGGUUCAUUUUGAAAAUGAGGCGGACGGGGCUAACAUUAAACUGAAUGAAAUUCAAACUGAGACAUUUUCCCUUUAUAUUACGUAUAGUUUAGCAGGAGGAUUGUCGAUUUUGAUUAUUAAUGUUUUCUCAAAAUAAAAUGAACACUGGUAUGCUGGAACAUACCGUGUGACCAAAAUCACGUGUUGAAGGCUCUUUUGUAUCUAUUGUACAUUAUUUUUUUCAGCAUAAAGCUAAAUCAAAAUUAAAGUAAAAGAAAUGACAUCCAGCAGGGGCAGAUAGCAAAAGGAAAGUUAGAGAAUAUGUCGGUGUAAUGUAUUACUCAGUGAACUAAUGAAAUUUCUUUUUUUUCUUUUCUACCACCAGCGUUUUUAUCACCUGAACUUGGUAACUGAUGCGUAGUUAUCAACCCAAACGGGUCCGGCUACAAAGAAAAUUUAUUCAGUGGUUGGAUUAGAAAUGGAAACUAAAGGAACACCAUCUUUUAAGGUCGAGACAUAUUUUUACUUUUCACUUUGAAAUGGCAAAUGUGACUGUUCAUUCUCCAUAAGGUAGAAUAUGAAGUCAAAGACAAAGCUAAACGAGAAGUAAUUACUUGAAAUAUAGGGAAGAAGGAAAUCUCCAUCGAAAAUAUUAGAACAUUGUUGUCUUCAUCUAUUCUGUGACAAAUGUUAUAGUGCCUUUUGAUCGUUCAGUUUUCAGUUAAAGCUACUCACAAUGAAGCACUAAAACUGAAUAUCCCAGGGCAAUUCUGAAUUAUUAACAAACGAGAAGAAAUUGAAGUGGAGUUAGACGUAACUAGCAGUUAAUAUUAGCAGGGCGCUGUUGGUCAUUCUUAAACUAAUGUUUUAUUUUAGAUAGGAAAAUUCAGAAGUAAUAAUAAGGAGAAUUAAUUUCAAGUUAUUGAUUUUUAACAGUAAUUCCUUCCAAAAGAUUUUGGGAUGAUUAUUUUAGGCAAAAUAUAUUAUAAUACGGAACAAAAUAUAUUUUGUGUUUCCACAAUAUCAUGUACAGAAUCCGUAUAGAGAGAAUAUUUUAAGAAGACGAGGCUAUACUAUAGCCAUAUUGUGAUAGCAGCAUUCUUAACCAGCAUACCGUGGUUUUCAAUAGCCCACCUUCGAUAUUUUAAAACUCUACGACAUGUCUACGAGGCUUCAGAGCGCAAAAUUGCAAAUUUUUGAAGACUCCAUUGUCUAGCAAUUCCCAGGAGAGACUUGAGCAGAAAGAAAACAAAACCAAAUAUAGAAAUUAACCAGAAAGCCUCGGAAUCAUGUUGGAAUUUUAAUACAUCGAACGUGGGCUAUUGAGUGUAGAAAGUUAGCCUGUUUUUUUGGUUUGUUAAGUGCCGUUUAUCUAACAGGUAUUACCGACCACCUUCCCAUCCAAUCAGAAGUAAUAAAACCGAAAUUUAUCGCUUUCACCUACGCCUUAUGAUUGAUUUUUAGUACUGUCUACAAGUAUUUUUAGUGGUCAGCGGGACAUCCUGGUUUAGGUUUACGAUACUCAGUAGAUUCCCGGCCUGAUUACAUCUCAUUAUUGCUAUAUAAAUGAAGUUUUAUGUACUGUCAGCUGCUUUGAUUAGCACCCACUUCGCGCAUCUGCUAAAAGAGAGCUUGCUUGAAUACGAAGAAUUUAAACUUUUCGUCCCAUUUCCAAAUUUAAAAUUCUUCUCAAAAGCGAUUGAGAAGGUUGCAGCUAGGCAGGAUAAUGACUACGGGCCUGUUUACAUGGAGUCGGGGGACCCCGGUCUAGUGGGCUUGGUUUUUUUUUGUUUUCACGCUCUGGGGGACACAAAACAAAAGAAACCUACCCUACUAGACCGGGGUCCCCCACUCCAUGUAAACAGGGUCUACCUUGGAGAUCUUUCAUGAGACUAAACUGCUGAAACUGAUUUGGUUUAAGUGCAGGGCGAUAUCCUCUGUGCGCUGGACAAAAAAACACGGUGAUCCUGCUACUAUUAGAUCUCUUAAAAGCUUUUGAAACAGUUGACCACUACAUUCUUCUCUCUCGUUUGAAGACUCGAUUUGGUCUCGAAGGCAAAGUUUUAGCAUGGUUCACGUUAUAUCUGGGCGUAGUCAGUUUGUGAAAGUUAAAAGUAGCCAAUCAUUGAUGAGGGAUCUACAUUAUGGAGUACUUCAAGGAUCUUUGCUGCGCCCCAACUUUGACUUCAACUUCAACUUUAUUUGAUAAAAAUAUUGAUUACAAUAGACUGGCCCGCAAAAUAGCAAUUGCUAAUCUAGGAGAACCAGUUAAAAGAAAAAUAAAGUGAAAGAAAAGGAAGGGAAGGAAAAUAUAUGAAUAAUAUUUCUAUCAUAGUUUUAAUUAAUUACAUUAAAUAUAAUAAGGAAAGACGAAAAAGGAAUUGACGGAGAGCGAAAACAAAAACUUUUGUACUGGAAUCACUUAACUGUUGAUCCAACUUUUUCAACUAUUAAUGACGUCUCAAUAUACGUAGUCAUUUUCUCUUUUUAAGAUGUCGGAAAGCAAUCUGUGAAGCACUUUCGUAAAUUUCUUUUUAGGAAGACCUCUAACAUAACAAGGUAUCUCAUUCCAAAGUUUACGCCUAAACGCGACAAGGAGUUUUCAAGUUGUAUAUUUUCAGCUUUGAGCUUUUACAUGUAACGUGAAAGUUACCUGAAGUAGAUGAUCUUGUAUGGUAUAAAUGAAUUGUUGAGGUUUUUUCAAAUAAAUUGAAGAGAUUUGUUGGCGAAUUGUUGCUGUUAAUAUCGUGCAUAGCCCUUGGUUUAUUUUCUUUACACAUCUACACUAUAGCUAUGAAAAGCCAGUUUUGUAGGCUGAAAUGCCCGAAAUUAAUAAUUGUUAAGAUUUUGAUGAUGAUUAUUAUUUUUAGCAUUAUUGUUAUUAGCAUUAUUGUAGCUCAGAGACAUGACACAAUCCGAGAUCUUCUGACAUCACACAUCAGUAAAGUGUGCAGAAAUGUGGAGACAGAGCCACUCCUGCAACCACUCGACAAUGAAGUAGUCAACCUUCAGUCCACUGUUACAAGUCGAGAAGCGAGACUGGAUAUGAAGGCAGGAGGUUUUUGGACACCAGGAGUAACGGCAUUCUUUGACGUACUUGUAACGCAUGUUAACUCCCGGUCCAACCAGGGAAAGCACACAGCUACGAUCUUCAAAGAGCAAGAAAACGAGAAGAAGAGGAAAUACAACCAGAGAGUGAUGGAUGUAGAGAUGGGAACCUUUACACCACUGGUGUUUGGUACAAACGGGGGCAUGGGACUCGACUGUCAGAACUUUUUAAGAACUCUCGCAAAUAAGCUUUCGACUAAGAACGAUGAACCCUACGCCAGCGUUAUUUCCUGGCUUCGAAUACAGUUUUCGUUUGCUAUAUUAAGAGCUGUACACAAAUGCGUCAGAGGUUCUAGAUAUCCAUUCAAAUCACGUGAGGUCUCAGAAGACUUCACUCUCGCUGUAGCUGGUCUACACCUGUAUUCAUAAUUUUAGGCCUAGAUUUUUGAUGCUUUUUUUUUUUUUUUAAUUGAAAUGAAAUGUUUUUUAAUUCGAAUAAAUUUUUCUUAGUUAAAUUAACUCUUUCUAAGCUCAAUUGAGUGCUUUUUAAAUCGACAGGAAUUGUAAAUAGUGUUUUGAAUGAAUAGUUUUUUCCUUUUUUGCUAUUAUUUUUCCUUUUUUGUUAUUAUUAUUAUUGUUAUUAUUAUUAUGGAAGACGUCAUUGUGAUAGUAUCGUCUUGAAUAAAGCACAAUUGUUAGCCUACUGGCCUAAACAAUUAUACUUUUUAAAAAAGCAGAAAAAAAACAAUAAGGCUACGAAUGAAAUGUAUAUUAAUAAGGUAACAAAAAACGACGACCAUAGUUUAAGGUUAAAAUCAAUAUUUGUGCAGUCAAAACAGACUACAAAAAAUGGCCUUAUCUACCUAGAAUUAAUCUUCGUGAAUUAGUUCAUGAAACUAAACAACGACUGUCAAUGCAAGGUGAACCUUUUUACAAUUUCACAUUUACCCAUUUCUAAACCUUUCUAUCGUCACGUUCACGACUUUCUUCCUAAGUCUUAGCCAAUUCCUUCUCUAGGUUAUUUGAGUAUACAGCUAGGAAAUCGAACACAACUUCUAUACUGCUAACUUUGUGUCCAGGACUGAUAUAAACUCUUCAUUCCUAUUCAUUUUAUUUGUGGCUUUUCUCCUAUCACGGUUAAGAGUGUCGAGAUUCACUAAAUUCGUAUUUUUCUAAUACACUUUGGUACAGGGGUCGUAGCAUUCGAUCAUGCCUGUCAUUUUACAAUGUUUGGCCAUUUGUGAGCAGCCACACAGUACGUGAGGUACUGCUUCUUGGUCAUUCCAACAUACUCGGCAACCGUAAAGCGGUCAAGUCAAAUUCCUCUUAUCACUGGGAAAUGUGUAGGAAAUCACGAAAAUCUGUCAACAGAGAAAUUAAGUCUUCCAAAUCAAAAUAUUACUGUGAGUUAAUUGAGGAGAGAAAAGGCGACUCGACUAAGAUAUGGAGAGCCAUUAACGCGGUUUCCCGUAAUCCUAAAUCUUUCACGCCUAAGUGUAUAGUUUCCAACGGCGUGCAACACACAGAUCCCACGGCCUUCAACUCCUUUUUUGCUUCGGUUGACCAGACAUUAACCGAUAAAUUCAGCUAUUUUUGCUCAAAGUUUUCCAAGUCUAAAGAAGUCCAGGUUGGUUCUUUUUGUUUGAAAGAGAUAGAUGAACCCUUUGUUUUCAAGCAAUUGCGUUCCCUUAAGCCCAAACAAAGCGAUUGGUUUGGACAGAAUCAGUGCACGGCUGCUGAAAUGUGCGUCUUUCUCGAUAUGUUUUUCAGUCACCAAAUAACUAAAUGUCUCAAUUUUCCCAACUCUAACCAAACUUUUCAAAAGAGCGGUUCACUUCCAACUUUAUGAUUACCUGAACACUAACCACUAAGACUUGCUAACAGACAAGCAAUUUGGUUUCCGACCUAGUUACCACACUAACAGGUUUUGCCGAUGACGUUCUUACUAACAUGGAGGUUCGGAAUCUCUGUGGAGCUGUUUUCUUGGAUCUGUCAAAGGCUUUCGAUACUGUGGAUUACAGUACAUGUAUCCUGUUCGCCAACUUAUCUUCCCUGGGAUUAACUCCUUAUGCUGUUCACUGGUUUCAUUCUUACCUCAUUCAUAGGGAGCAGCACACCUCAUGCGGCAACGAGAUACCACAAAGGAGCAUCCUGGACCCUCACUUUUUCUUGUUUUUAUAAAUGACGUACAGCUUACUGUUGUCAAUCUCUGUAGCGUAUCUCUUUAUACUGUUAAUACUGAUGCUAUUUUGUUCUGCAACUACUCUAACAUAAAAGAUCGAAAAUAGCUUGUGGCUGAAUCGAAACAAGCUUACACUGAAUAUAUAGAAGACCAAGUCCACGCUUAUCGGCAGCGAUCGCAAAUUGCGUCCUGAUAUCGCUAUAUCUGUCUCAGUAUCAGACGUUAAGGGCGUUGGACACUCUAAGUACUUGGGUGUAACUUUGUCGUCAAAUUUUACCUGGACGGAGCAUGUUUCCACGAAGAUAAAUGAACUCUUAGGGCUUUUAAGGAGGAUUAAGAGUUUGCUCCCACGUAGUGCGCUAUUCUUUUCUAUGACAGUCUCAUUCUCCCGGUCUUGGAUUAUGCCGACAUUUUUUGCGGGGAUAAGGGCAAUGCUGUUCUCAUCAACAAUUUACAACUCCUGCAGAACAAGGCUGCCAAAACUAUAUUAGACCGCCCUUUCUACUCCUCUGCUACCGACACGCUUGAAGCCCUUGGCUGGUUAACCUUGAUGAAACGCAGGAGUUUUCAUCGUUGCCUUUACUACUCCUUUACGUUUAUAAAUAUGUUACUGAGAUAUCAGCCCACAGUAUGGAUCUAUUGACAAAAAAAGAUGUACUCGGCUACGAUACACUCGCGACACAAAGAUAACUUGAGACUGCCCCGUGAAACCAAAAACUGUUGAAACAAAAAACCCCAAUUGAAGCUGUUAAAGACUGGAGCAAUUGUGUUUAAGAAAAUCAAAUAACAUCGAGUAUUUUAAACUGAAUUUUUUUAAUCAUUUUCAAAGCUGUUAAACUCUAGAACAGUAUUACGUCUUUUUAACAAAAUCAAAUUACAUCGGGUCUUUUUAUUAAACGUUAAUAUUUUAAUCUUUUGAAUAGCUCGUGGUGAUUGUUUGGGUUUUUAGACUUUUUAGUGUAGGAAUUUUUUUUGUGUCUUUUUUAAAUCUUUUUACAUUAUUUUUUUUCCCAGGACCUCUCUGAAAAUCAGCCUGGUGAGAGAGUCUCCUGGUUAAAAAUUAUAAUGAUUAUAAUUAUCAUUAUUAUCAAUGCUCCACGUUCUUAUGAUGAAUAACAUUGGCAUUGACAAAAAGCGGCAACAUUUUAUAAUAAAAAAAUGAUAAAUAUAGCCAUUAGAUCAACAUAUUUCAUCUUUUGUUGUAGAAAUAAGAAUUGGGAUAGCCCAGACUUAUUGCAAUUUUGAUUUUUUUGAUUUCAUUUUUUUUAAUGGAAUAAUUCAAUCUCAAGCAGCCAGUUGUAAAUUACCUUGCUCUCUUGCUAAAUAUUCUUCCUUUCUUUAAGAUUUGCAGAACGGCUUAUUAAACAUUUAUAGACUAUUAUUAUUAUUAUUAUUAUCCUCUUUUUCAGUGCUGGCAAGAUGUCAAAGUAAAUUGGCUUAGCAGAUGACUGACACUCUUUGAGCGCAAACAGUUGUUGGAAAUGCAGAGGUCAUGAAGUAGGAAUUGUGUCGAACACGUACAAAGCGUAUAGCUUGUGGCUCAAUCGUGAAAUUCUGGCUUGUCUCUGAAAGUCAUAUUCUGUUUAAAACUGUUGCAUCAAUGUGCUUUUCAGUUUGAACCUGUCAACAGAAAUAUGUUAUCUGUUCCAGGCUAUUGAUAUUGGAGUGCGCAGAGUGCUGUUUUUUUCUGCUUAGUUUUCCUCUUUUUGCGUCGUCCCAUCGGUCUCAACGCCUGGAACAGACUAGAAACAUGUCAAAAUGUUAUCCCUUCUGGUGGAGGGGUCAACUUUUUGACAGAAAUAUUUUAGCUUAUCACUUGUAGUAGAGAGAUAGUAGAGGAGUUUUUUCAAGUGCCUUUGUCAGAAGACUCCGUAUUGUCUGAUUUGAGAUUAGCUUCGUUGUGCCUGCGUGAUGGUUUGCGUACAAGACUGGGGUAGUAACAUCUUAAUAGAUAAAAAAAAAGGCAUGUAGCACAAAAAGUUCUUCCACAACUUUCUAUCCCCCCUUUUUAUCUUAAUUCCUCUCAUAAUCAAGACAUAACAAGGGAAUAUAUAAACUAUUUCUCACCAUCUUUAAACAGUCUAAAUAGACUUAUUUGGGUUUAGGAAAUGCAGAUGUUUAUUUUGGCAGUUGUCUUUUGAAGAUUAAAUAACAUUAAUCAUCUGAUAUGUAAAGUAUAAUCCCUAUACGUUGACCUUGUACACAUACAGUUUUAUCUUGAAAAAACAAGCCAAUCGAUACGACACCAAGAUAACAUUAACCCGACCAGAUGCGUCGAGGGUCCAUAAAGCAAACAUGAACGCUCUCAGUCUUGUAUCUAUAGUACUUCUCUGCCCUGGGAUAAUUUUCAGCGAUGGUCAUGCAAUCUCGGUUUCAUCUUCUCCCAUGUGCGAGGAAAUCCGCAUUGGCCUCUGCAAAUCACUACCAUAUAACCGCACCCAGCUACCGAACACUUUUGAACAAGCGUCGCAGUGGAUUAUAAAUCGCACUUUGUUGGACCUAGCCCAACGGCACAACUCAGGCAUCUGCUCGGAAGAUUUGCUUUUCUUUGUGUGUUCAUUAUAUCUUCCCAUAUGUGUUGAAAACAAUCGAGUUCCAAAGCCUAUAAAGCCUUGCCGUUCAGUGUGUGAAAAAGUGAAAAGAGACUGCCAGGCAGCCAUCGAUGACGUGACUGGAGAAGAAUCACAUCUGUUGCGGCACCUUCCAGAACUUGAAUGCGACAAACUUAAAACUUACGACCAGGGAGUAUGCGUGACCCCGCAUGCUUUCAACCACUCACCAGCAAGUAAGAAGUGUAGCAGGCAUUAGGCUUCUUUAUUGAAUGUUUAUCAUAAACAAUUUCAAGAGUGGUUUUAACCCGCGGGUUUUAAUUGGUGUGGGACGACUCAGUUCACCCUAUUCCAAUGCCAUAUUUUGGCAAGAUAAGAGCCAAAAAACUCAGACAGUUUUUACCAUAUUCAAAAACACUAAUUUCUCGUCAAUUUUGCAAUGAGGGUGAAUUUAUUGUUUUUCAGACUCAAAGAGAUCUUUACAAACUGUACCGCAGCAAAUACGGAAAGAUACCUUUUAUCUUCAUAGGCAUACACAGGGGAUAUCUUUAUACUUUUAGAUUGAUUCCGUUGGUUACAUCUUAUAUUGUUGUCUGAUCGAAAUAUUACUAUUUUAAAAAAUUAAAAAUCAACGUAAAGGAAAACCUCAUCAGAAGAAAUUGGAAUGAGGUAAAGGUGUUAAAAUAUUUCGUGUUAGACCACAAGCGUCAUUGAACGAUUAAUCAAAUCCUUGACAGGAAUCUCAAGCGCUAGUCACCCACUGGAGAUCAGUAAAGGAUUUAUUUUCCUUUGUCUUCAGUCGAAGUGUCAUUUGUUAAGAUUUUUUUGUUUGGAUGGUGGGUAUGAACGACCAGACCAUAGAUCCCCGACAAGAAAAUCUGAAAAAUAACGGCCUUGCUUAACAACGUUUUUAUCCUGGGGGCAUUUAAAAUGACUGAAGCCUACUUAUGAGUUUGUAAUUAAAGGCCCAGGGGACUGUUGUUUCUUGAAAGUCCCGAUAACUUUUCGGGCCCUUGAAGCUGUUUUUUGUUUGCCGGAUUUGAAUUCAAGAUCAAUGCUUCAAUAAUUUAAAAAAUGAUAAUAUGAAACGAUCAGUUAACAAAACAAAAUCUUCCCGUGUGAGGUAGGAACGUCGCUACUAUUCAGCUGGUUUUGAUUUCAAAAUUUGCCUUCGGACCCGAAAAGUUACCGGGCCUUUCGAGAAACGGGCCCUAUUGCUGUUACAUAACAUAUCGGCGAACAGUCACCUCGACUUCGAAUUCGUCUCGGUGACUAUUCGCCGAUAUUCACGUCGCCUGAGGCGACUAAUACAAUUAUUGUUUUAGUAUAAUUACAUUGAUGAUUAUUCGAGGAAAUAAGAUAAAAAAGAGACAGAUUUUUGAACGAUUUUGGGGCUUUAAGAUGUCGGUCGAGGGCGGCUUUGAUCGACAACAACGUUUUCUUAUAAUAGCUGCCGUCGGUUUUUCUCACGGAAACGUAAAAUUUUGCCAGACAUUUAUUUAAUUCAUCGACUUCCAUUUUUUCCAUUCAUUUGUGAACUCUUGCUACGCUUAAAACCAUUCUGUAGAACAAAAUAUUUCGCAAUAGUUACAAAAAGUUGCCGACACUUUGAAGCAAAAAAAUGUAAACAAACAUACCAGGUUUCAGUAAAUUGCAAAAGAGAAAUUUUAUCAACCUACCUUGGAAUAGCUUGACUCCAAAUUUUGUAGCAUCUUUUGUUUUUUGAGGAAAACAUUUUCUUUAAAUUGAUCAAUUUCCGACACCGAAACAUCAACAAAUCUGACUGCCAUUAUUUUGAAAACUGCUAGCCUUCAAUGUUAUAAUCACCGCGCUCCUAGCCAAUCAUAGCGCUCAAUUUUGGAUGAUCAUCAAUGUAAUUAAGAUGCAUUUUAGAGAUGACAGAGAUUUGAAAUACAUAUAUGCCGAUAUCUUUUUUCAUUCAGUAGCACUGAACUCUUCAUUUUAUUUCUGCUCGCUGAUUGUCUUUAUGUUCUCCCCUUAUUUUUUGCAGAGCCAAAUUCGACCCGGAUAGCAGCUAACAGUGAGUGGCACAUGAAAGCGCUGAAAAGCAUUUUACUUACUUAGUUACGCCCAUAGCAAUUAUGGCGGAUUAGAAGACUUAGGGGUUGGAGCCUUGCCGAACAAACAUAGUUUACCCCAGACAUUUAUGUUUAAAAAAUAAAUCCUUUGCGUAUUAAUAUACUGUUUAAUAACACCGCAUGCAAUCAGCAGUCACAGUUGGUAUUGUCCCCGGGGGAGGGGGGAGGUACUCGAUAUAUCCUUGGGUGGGGAGGUGCGGCCCGGCUCCUCAUACCCUGACCCUGUUUAAGACAAAAAUCGCUGAUUUUAAGACAUUUAACCCGAAACCAUACCCUGUGUCAGACAAUAAUAAAUAUCGAAACUCUUUCUCAUUUAAGCCACGGCCAAUCACAAAACUAUUUACAGCUGUUUAAGACAUAAAUUGAUAAAAUCGAUACCCUGAUUAAGACAAAAAAAUGAUAAAAUCGAUACCCUAGCUGGCCACACGUCCCCAUUAAGCCCUUAUAAGGGAGUAACCCCCCCCCGGGGGUAUUGUGCACCAAGUAACGUAGUUGAAAGAACUGGUCUAUCAAGUAUGUUGCUUUGAAAACUGCAGCUACUCCUUUAUAGCUCCGGCAUGGUACCAUACUAAGCUAUAGUAAUAAAGAUAACAAACACGCAGUAAUUGGUAAAAUUACCCUUUAUUUCUUCUUUACAUGGUGUUUUUAAGUUAAAAAGAUGAGUUUAGUUAAUCACUCACGUUUUCUCAAAUUGAAAAGAUGCAAUUUUUGUAGAAAUUCCGAGCAAACUUAAAUUUUCGAAUUAGAAUUGAAGUCAAUCACAGUAGUGAUACAAGUACAGAGAAAAAAUAAGUGAUAAGAAAGUAAUACACAUUCUCUCGGCUUUUUUGUAGACUUCUACUUCUACUCGCUACUAUUACUUCUAGAUUACUAUUUCUGGACACCGUCUCUAAUGAACCAUUUUAAAUAUCCAAACGCAGACAUGUUUUGAUCACAAACCGUGGGAAUUGAGUCACGUGACCCGAGAUUGAAUAAAUCUGCUCAGAAAAUCAAAACACAGCUACACGAUUACAAAAAACAAAUCAGAGCUCAUUCAAUGACCACAAUUUUAUCACAAGUUUCUUGCUUGAAUAUUGAGAAACAGACGUUACAUAAGACUAACCUUCACGCAAGAGCCUUCAUGUUUAAGGUUCUCAACAUCACCAUUAUAGCGAUUAUAUUUCUCUUUAGCGUGUUUUUUUUGUCCCAAAAGAAGUUGUUCACUUUGAUUCUGGACUGGCUUCGAUAUUCUGAUUCCCCCUCUUUUGCAAUAAUGACAAUAAUUUUAAUAUUUUAUUUACAGUAAAUCCAUAAACUACAAAUAUGGCUUUUCACUUCUGUGGCUAACUACAGCUCUAUAACUAACCUAUUUAUAUGCCAAUUAAUGGGUUUUAAAUUAUCAUUAUCAGCGAAAUUAUUCUGAUCAGUGAAAUGAUGCUGAAACGAAAACUUCAAAACUGGGAAAAAUACUAUAAUAAACGUCACUAAGAAUGCAGCCUUGCCCUCGCCUUAGUUUUAAGGUGCUUUGUCAACUGACUCUUGAAAUGCUGAAAUCUGAAGAGUUCCUCAGGACUGCUAAAAAGAAAUGCUAUAGGAAUGCGUCCUAAAAGAGAUGGGUCUUGAGCUUUAUCCCAUAAUACUCAUUGCUAUAAAGAUUAGACUGUGUAUCUUUACUAACCAAUCAAUCACUUCUUUUCUAAACGUAUCUAUGUUAUUUUCCUCGGCAGAACAAGCAUUUAUCAAGAAGCAGGAUUUCUUAAAUGCCAACUUUGACUUUGGUACGUCUCUUUCUCUCACUUCCUUAACACAAUUUGUAGUCCUGGAUUUUGAUAUGAAACAUGGUAAUUGUGAGAGCUUUAUUGGUAAACUAGAGCUCGUUAUAGAACAAAGAAAGAGCAAUAUAAGUUGUUUGAACUACCGUGCGAAUCACUUCUUCUUGAUCACGUUUUUAUCACUUUCCGAAAGCAAUCUAUAUUUUGAAAUGUUUUUCAGGUUCAUUCGGGAAUUCUGUCACACUGUGUGACCAAUGAGAGAUCCUACCAUUCAUUUUUAUUUAACCUGAGAUCAGGCCCAAUUUUAGCGGUUCUCAUACAUUCUCUCUAAUGCCUGCCGCUAAAAUUGGUUCUGUUUUCGUUUCGCCUUGCCCGCCGGAAUGUUGUUACAAAGCGAAACGAAAAUUGAGCCUGAUCUCAGGUUAAUUUUUUUUGGCUUAAUAUUAGUAAUAAAGUAGGGAUGAAAUUAUCCCUUUUUGCGCAGGAAUCUCUUUAAGUUACACAGGAUGACGUUAACGUCGAUGAUCUUAUAGUCUUUUGUCUUUAUCUCAUGAAAAAAUGCGGUGGAUCGAUAAGGUCAUGUGUAAUUUUUACUACUUAAGUACUUUUUUUAACUGGUUUGCCAGCUUUCAGAUAGAUGUAAGUCUUGCAAGUUAAUGAGAUUCCUGUGCAAAAAAAUGGAUAAUUCCAUCCCUACUAUAGUACUAAAAAUGUAGUUAAAAUUUGUGUUUUGUUUUUCUACAGCGAUAAAAGGGAAAAUCCUGUCCAUUAUCCAAGUUCUAGCACCAAAAGGGUACAGCAUUCAGUUUAAUGUAUCGCGUGUCAUUGUCAAAGAUGGUUUUCUCUUCCGUGGAAGUGUGGUUCAGAUCUGGUCACAAUAUAACUACACUCGUUUUACCCAUAGCUUCUAUACGCUCCUUGAGAUGGGCAGGAGAUAUGUGUUUCUUGGCCAUGGAAACCGAACAAAGGGAUUCACAAUUGGAUGGGCUUGGGCGUGGCCAAGAGAUAAACAUCUAGUGGACAAACUAAGAAAGUGGAAAACUCAAUCAAGAAAAAGGAAUUCCGUGGAUUAA